AUGAGCGCCUCCAAACAUGAGAAAUGGUGUUGCCUUGAAUGUCGGGGAGGACUCGCGAAGUCAAACUUAGACUCCAAUCCAACAACGUCAUCUCAAUCAGACCCCUGUUCGUUUUUGUCAGAGCUGGCUAAAGUAAACAAAAAGCUAGACCUCCUACUCUCCUGGAAAGACACCGUCGACACCCUUCAUGAUUUAAACCCAAAAGUCGACGCUCUGUUGUCAAUGAAACAGGUGGUCGACACUAUGCAAGACUCAUUGAAUGCGCUGCAGGAAUCCGUAAAUUUUGUCUCCGCUCAAUACGAUUCGCUCGUGACAACAGCGAAAUCCCAAGACCACACCAUCAAAGCCAUGCAACUAGAACUGAGCGCCCUGCGAUCUUCCACCGCGGAGCAGGCGCUCGAAAUACAUCGGCUGAAAUCAUACCAAAACGACAAGGAGCAAGUCGAUCGUCUUUCCAACAUGGAGAUACAUGGUAUUCCGUUGAAAACUCAGGAAAAUAUUCGCGAUAUCAUGUCAGACCUCGCGGAGAAAAUUGAAGUUGAGGAUUUUCAGGCUGGUCAUGUUAUGUCCGCCCAUCGCCUGCCUGCUAGGCCUGCUAGGCCGGCUGCUAUACCUCCUAUAAUGGAUGCGACCUGGCGUUGCGUUGCCGUCCACCGCGGAGCCCUGGCUCCCCGUCCCCAAGUCCCCGAGGACGGACGCGGCGCGUCGCCGCAAGACGUCAUCGGCACGGAAGACGCGGUCGCUGCCUCUGCCGGGACCACGGCAUCGUCCCCGAAUGCGACCACGCAGGAGCUGCUCCCGCUGUGCGACGUGCUCUUCAACAUCAUCUCCUUGGCGUCCUACUUCUGCGACGUCGUCUUCGACGUCAUGGUGGCCUACACCCUGCUGGCGGUGCGGCGGCAGCCCCUGUGGUUCGGGAUCUCACUCAGCUGCAUUCUGGGCUCCCUGGCCACCAGCCAAGUCCUCUCGCUGCGCUGGUACCUGGACGCGGUCAAGGCGGCGAGCUCGGGCCGCAGGCGUCGCUGGGGCGUGCUUGCGCUGCACGCGUUGCAAGCGGGCGUCUUGUGGCGGUACUUCAAGCUCUUGUUGCCCGUUCGGCUGAGCGCCGUGAAGAGAGAAGUGGCCGACCUGUGCCUCCUGCGACUCGUGCACGCCUUCGGCCAAGCCACGCCGAUGCUGCUCCUGCAACUCCACCUGGCCUGGGCGCAGCCGUCGGCGGAUCUCGUGGCGCCCCUGGACCGGGUGUCGCUGCUUCUGUCCCUCUUUAGCGUGUGCUGGGCGCUCGCUUCCUUCAGCAAGAACGUUCGGCGUCGCCAGCUCCACCGGCUCGUGCUCACCUGGCUCGGCGUCGUUUGUCAGCUCGCCUGGCGUCUGGGCACCGUGUCCGCGCGGGUGGUGGCGCUCACUUUGUACGCGGCGCUCUACGGACCCUGGGUCUUGGCCGUGCUGGUGCUGCACUGGCUAGCCAUGCUUGUAUGGCUGGCGUCGCCUCCCCGUCGGCUCUUCGGCGGGGAGGUCCUCUGGCGUCGGCUCGCCUACUGCGCCCUGCUCGCCUACUUGCACACCCUAUGCUACGUAAACCUACGACCGGAGCCGGGACGGGCCCGGCGCGCCGCCUUUUACGUGGCGAUGUUGCUGGAGAACAGCCUUCUAGCAGCGGUCUGGCUCGCGCUGCAUCCCGGACCUCACUGGGGUCAGAGUGCCGCUCUCCUGACCGUCUGGGGCGGCUUUUUCUUGGGACUGGGCUUCAUGUUGCUUUACUACCGCUGCUGCCACGUGCGCCGUCUGGCCCCCGUGCCCCGCGCGGCUCCACCGGUGUCUCCGGCGGGGGUCUUCAACUGCCGCCUGAACCCCGCUGCGCUCAAGCGCAAGCGCAAGAAGCCAUCGUCGUUCGUGCCUCCUGCCCAGCCCUUUUGGAAAAGAGGCCCCGGAGCACCGCCCGCUGUCGACAUCCAGCAGAAGCUCCAGGAAAAGCGACGCCAGCAGCUUCAAGACCUGCUCGCCAUCGAGGAGGAGAUGAAGCAGGGGAAGCUGGCUCCAAGGGGCCCUCCGCAGGGGCCGGCACCCCGGCAGCCCAUCCCGCGCUCCAAGAAGCAGCCCUGGCUGCGCAGUCCGCCCCAGUUCCGCUACCGGUCGCUCCUCGGCGGUUCACCAGAGGUCCUGCUGUGCCCUCACCGCCUGGACCAGGCCCGUGGAGGGGGACCCCUCAGGGCUGCGCCCCCCUUGGCAAGGACCCUCCCACGAGAGUUACGUUGGGCACAGAGGGCCCUUGCAUUCAGGGAGAGCAACUCGAGCGACGGGGACGUGGACUCUGCGGACGAGGAUGCUUCGGCAAGGCUGCGCAGCUGCCGCACCUUUUUGGGGAGACCGCACGGACCGGAGACCAGGCUUUGAUUCUUCACCAAGGCUUUGAAGACGAAGUUUCGACCAGCACCUAGAGGCCUUCCACGGUCCAGGUCAUAACCGGUACACUUGGCCAACUACGGUUCUUCAAAAUACUCAUUAUUAUUUAACUGGAUCGUCGACCUCUUUGCAAUUGGCUAAGUGGGACCCUGCUACUACCAGAUUUGCCGACCAGAGCCUCCUCUAUGUUACACCGUGUCCGUGAGCUUACAGUGGGAGAAACUGAUCAAAAUGGCUUCUGCGAGGCAACACUGGCCGAAAGAAAAACGCCGCUAUGUGGUGAAAGCAACCCUCCACCACGGUGCUGGAAACAUGUCUUCAGCCGGUGUGCUUACUGCACCCUCGUAUUUGGUCUCUCGAUUUCCCUCCGACGACGAGGUUCGUGUCAUGCUGUCAUUGGCUGCUGUCCAGCCAAUGUCGCACCAGCAGAGAUGGAUGUGGGAGACGGCUCUUCCGCUGCGAGUCACUGCAGCUGGCCAGCCAACGGGAACUAGAGUAGCCACGGUUCAGGAUGCCGCCGCAACAGUGACACUUGCAUCUUUGUCGGCACUUCCAACUGUGUGUCCGGGAAAAAAAGAUUUGCCAGUGGUUUUUUUCUCCACAAAUAUGAGCUGUGCGUCGCCAAACACCCAGUCUUGAGACCAGAUGCCAAAUUUUAGAGCUCUUCGUCGUAUUGUUUAUAGCAAAAGCUAUAAGACAUUUCGUGAAAUUUUCAAUGUAAAAACCCUGUAGCCGACACUAUUCAUCGCUUUGCAUUUGUCGGAAACUGUUCUUUCGUUUAAAAAUUUUCCAAAAUCGCCGAUAACUCCUGAAUUGGAUAGUGCGAGCUCUGAAACUUUGGCAUUGGUCUAGGUCACCAUACUGCGUCUCGCCCUAUGAGGUACUAGGGUCCGAAGGCUGGCGGCAUAGUACUACUUCAGAAAAGCUUUCAUCUGCAUUGCAAAGAGUGCGCGAGAAAAAUUCCCAAUACGCAGAGUACGAAGAGUACUAAUCUUAUGCAUAUGGUUCUCUGUUGUGAUAGCAUGCUAUUUUAUAUUGGUGAAGUAAAGCUACAUGGUAUUUAUUUUCAUUACCAUGCAUGGCCAUAUUUCGUAAACACAUCAACUGUUUGGAAAAGUUUGAGGGUACGCAGGCAACACGGACAUAAAGUCCUUUCACCUUAACCAUAACAAUCCAAUCCAUUCUUAAAUUCUCUAUCCAAAUUUGUUAAUGGCCAUUGGUUCCGAUAUCGGGUUCUCUUUGCCACAUCGCUUCCAGAUGGUAUUUAGUCCCAUCAGUAGUAGCAAGCAGACGAAGCCGACGCAAGGGUUCAAUAACCAGACGGAAAACUUGCAUCCGCAUGGCACAUCUUGGCGCACCAAUACGCAUGACGAAUCGAAUAUACCUUGUGGUUUCUGACAGGCUCGUGAUUGGACCCGGCAGCCUGUGGCAUUGGCUUUUAAUCUAUCGUAGAACGAGACGGAGUAUGGCGCCACAUUUGGACGGAGACUGCACUGCUUAGUUCAUUUGUGGUGGUGAAAAGACCACUUCCAAGUUGUUUUUUACGGACACCCUGUACAAUUAUUUGCCAGAAUUGCAACAAAAUGAGCUCCUGGCUCCCGUGGCAAAUUGUUCUUGCGAUCUUAGAUGCAUGGGCCUUAUAAGAUGCUAAGCACACCAGUUGGAGAUAUGUUUCGGGCACCGUACCAGUAUUUUGCCUCUGGAAACAGUGAUCCCCUUGGGACCCCUACAUGAGGCAUGGCCUCUUUAUGCAGAAUAUCAUUGUAGAGCAGGAACCAUAGACUGUGCAAGAAAAGCUGCCCUUUCAGACACAGUAAAUGUAACAAAAUCGAAGGACACAAAAGUGGCAUUUCACCUUUUUCAAAACUCCAUCGAGCAGCAUUGGCAAUCGCCAUAUUAUUUUAUGUGGCACUGCCAGCUCUUGGUGUGCGACGGCACCCAAGCACUGAAAGCAAGCCCAUGACUACAUUAUGGCAAACUUGGGGAAAUUUGAGAAGUGGCUCCACCUGUAAAGGGUUCAGAGUUCUUCCUGAUAUAUGACGUGCCUUACUACCGUACGAAAAUAUUACACUUUUUUCAGCUCCAACAUGCACCUGUACUGAAGGAUAUACACAGCAGCCCAAAGGGUAAGGACAAGUAAAAGACGUAGAAAGGACUUUAUGUGGCACUUGUCCUGUCUAUGUCUUUUACUUGUCCUUGUCCUUUGUGCUGCAGUGUGUAUUAUGUAUAACCAACUCGUACAUCAGAUCAAAUUAUACUGAAGUAAGCUGCCGAAAUACCAUUGAAGCUGGCGCUCUAUGUGCGUUGGCCCGUGUUUAGCGGCAGUUGGGUGGCACGUGCGAUAAAUGUUUUGAGAAUACAUUUCCAAGUGGAGGUGACUGGUGAACAUUCGAAGCAAGCUCUACCCCAAAAAAACCAAAACGUCAGUCAGCGCAGCCUCUACAGGGUUCAGAAUAAUUUGGCAGGAUGCACCGCAAACCAACAGAUUCACUGUUGAUUGAGGCCCACAACAUUAGCAAAGUCCAGGUUGCUACGUCAAGAUAUCUGUUGAGCUAUAGCUUGUUGGUUACAGUUUUAUAGUUAUUUAUACGACUCAAGUUAGCAACUAUUUUGUGGCUACUUCUGCAACUUGUGUGAUUGACUCGAGAGUCUUCGAGUGCCACCAUCGAGGAAUGCAUGCUCACAUGAUCUGAACAUGCUGGAACUAUUGAUUCGUUGUUCAGUGCCUGGAUGAGUGUCUUGGGACAAACAGAAUCGCAUCU